AUGGCUAAGGGGCAGGUGAAAGCCGUUCAGAGAUUCACGGACACACGCGCAGUUAAGAAACUGUUUCGAGUUUUUAUCGACCUGGGGGGGCGGAUGCAGUUCCAUAGCAUCGGGGGCAGAUGGUACACCCUCAUCAUCAGAUGCGAUGCCACCCGUUGGACGCGCGUGUUUUUUCUGAAACGCAAGUCUGAAGCAGCCGACGCACUCGAGCAAUUUAUCGCGGAUUACCGGUCGGAGGGUACUCCGUGUGAGGUGUACGUUGUGCGUUCAGACAACGAAUUCCAGGGGCAGUUUUCGAAGACUUGCCGGAAGUGGGGUAUCAAGCAAGAGAAGACCCCCCCGCACACCCCCAAGUACAACGGUGUUGCGGAAAGAUGGCUAGGCAUCAUUAGUGAUGCCGCACUAGCGUCACGCAUUCAAGCUAAGGAGAUGUUCCCUGACGCGCCAACUGACCCGGCCUUGUGGGCUGAGGCGAUCGCAUGUGCAUGCCAUCAACUGAACUGCACCGCCACCACCGCCAACCCCGGGGACAAAUCUCCGUAUGAGAUGUUCCACGGGAAACCGCCCCCGGCCGGGUCGAUCCUGAGCUAUCUCAACGCCACGAUGGACCUCGGCAUCACCUACGUUCGGGGUUCGGGGCUAGACCUAGAGGUGUAUGUUGAUGCCAGCUACGCCGACAGGGACACCGGCAGGCGUUCGGUGACGGGAAUAGCCGUAACUGUUGGUGGUACCGUGGUCAGCCACGCUAGCAAGACGCAGCGUAUCGUGUCUCUGUCGACCUCGGAGGCUGAGUACAUUGCAGCCGGGGAAGGCGUGAAAGAAGCCUUGUUUGUGCGUGCGGUGCUGUCUUUCAUAGCGCCUGAGACGAGUGGGGCGAAGAUCAAGGUCCUUGAGGACAACCAGGGGGCGAUAUCGUUGGUGCAGAACCCCUUUAGCUCGGCGAGGAGCAAGCACAUCGACGUGCGGUUCCAUUUCAUUCGAGAGCUGUUCAAGUCGGGCAGAAUCUCCGUCGAGUACAUCCCGACUGACGAGCAGCACGCCGACCUUCUCACCAAGGCUCUUGGUAGGACCAAACUAGAAGACCACCGGAAUGCUCUGAUGAACAUCCCGGGGUAGUGGUCUGUUUUUUGUUGUUGUUUAGCACUGGACUUUAUGAUCAUGGUACGUCACGCAGGAAGGAUUUACCGGCACGUCACUCGAGGUUGGAGCCUAGAAGCGCCCGUAGCGCUACCGAGAGAUGCGUAAUCCCCGUGCCCGGUACAAUUUGUCCUGCCUUGAUCUUGUCUUGGAAGUGCGGCCGUUGGAAUCCUCCGUGAUAGCGACGGUUAUAUAUGUUUAGGGUAGGCGAGGGUUUUUGAUCCGGAUGGCCGGGUUUUCCCUUGCACCGUUACUGUUUAGAGUCCCUAGGUCUGAUCAGGGGUAACCAUGCCCCACGGAUGGUUUGCCACUUGCGUGAAAAACCAGGGAGGGUGUUCGUGUGUUUGGAUACGGACAGGUAUUGAUCGACCGCAGUAACGGAUAUAUUCGCAGAUAGGAACGUAGACAUACUCCAUUUUGAGGUUCUUGUGUUUGUGACCCCUGCUUCUCUGUUUUCCGGAAGCACUCUUCUUCUUCUCUUCUCUUGCUUCUGCGUUUCUAAUACAAGCGAUAUUCAGUCUCUCCCUUCCAAGUCGCGGACAUAUACAACAGAGGGUGACUUGUAGAAAUAUCCCGAAUCGAUCCACCGAAGAGUGUGAAGGUGUACCGAUUCAGAAUUUACCCUCAACUGGGAACCUCAUGUGGCCAAGAUGGGUAAUUCGAUGGAAGUGGCACAAGGUCCUUUGUAGGAUCGACUCCAAGAGGUGUUCUCAGGACUGACACACAUUGUGUCCAUGGAAAAAUAUCCAAGUCAGGAGCAAAACUGUGCACCCAAGGAGAUUCGAACCAGUAUCCAGCUGACGCCAUAUAAUAUGCGAAGGUGUACCGAUU